CUGCAGGCAGAGAAUGGUGAACUGCAAAAUAAAAAUGUUGCGUUGUACUCUGAUAACGUGGAGCUUAGAGGGGGUAAUGAAAGUCUUAAAAGUGUACUGUUUAAGGAUGAUAAUGAGCGUGCGAAGUUAGCUGUUGAGUUGGAGAAAGUAAGGGGUGAACAUGUGGUGGUUUUGAAAGAGUUGGCUGUUUCCAGGGAUUCUUUUCUUUCUUUACAGAGUGAGAAGAAGGAAGUUGAAGAUGAGUUAAAUGACAAGAUUAACUUUUUGGAAGGCGAAGUUGCCACUUUGAAAGCCAUAAACUGUGAAGCAGAAUAUGCUGUUGCGAUGGAGAAGAAACGCAAGUUAGAGGCGGUUUUAGAGGUUGAGAAGGAACGAGAACGAUCAGCAGAACUUGUUGUUCUUUGUGAUAAACUUAGUAGUGAAAGUAGGGCAGCUGAUGAUGAAAUUGAGCGUCUACAACAUGCUGUCUCUGAUUACGAGGUUCGGUUAGAUGUUGUAAGGCCUAACGUGGAUGUCAAGAAUAAAUACAUGGAGCGUGAGGGUUAUACAGUUUACCCCAUCUUGAAUAAGGGACGAACAACUAUAGGUAGGAGCGGAGUGCCGUUAGGUCUGUACCGUGACUAG